CGCGUCCGUCGGCUUCGAGGUUCUUGGAUAUUCCUUUGCUUCCGCGGCGCUUCCUCGUUGCGAGAUAAAUCGAGACAAGCGCUGCAUGGAUUUGUGCCCCCGGCCAACGGCGGAACUCAAACCUAGCCCACGCUUUGUCGCGAGUCCAGCGUCGCGCUUGUCUUGUUCUUUUAUGCUUUUCUGUGGAGCAUCGACCCGAGACAGCGUCGCAUCUGGUGCAGUCUUGCCUCCGUUCUUGAAGAAAACGGAAUUCCGGCAAGCAGAGCUUGCCAGAGUCGAGUGCAGGUUUCUUCUGUGAAAAAGGGACGUGAUUGUGGGCAACUUGGCCAGUUUGAGCUGACUUGCUGCAUGGAUUCCAGAGGACUCGGAGUCCGGGGGCAGUCCGACUAGAAGACCUAUCUGCUUUUAUCUAUUUUUUGAGGUUCGUUUUGCUGGAGGGAGAAUGCAUGUGUCUUCGGCUUGUCGCGAACUAGGAGACAACUCAUAAGACACUCGAUUUGACAGAGACACGCAAAGGCGUCGGUAUUUGAGGGGAAGGUCACGGUACCCGGACGACGACCAGAAAAAGCCGGCGGCAACCAGGGGAAUUGGGUUUGUUUCUGUGUCACUCGCCAACAUUUCCUGCAUUUUUAAUCGCACUUCGUUCUUUUCUCCUCAUCGAAAGAAGAACGAUGGGAACAUCGACGCUGGACGCCAGCGUCGGCCAUCACGGACCUUCUGUCCAGCAGCCCUUUGAGGUUGCGGCCUCACCGCCACCCGACCGAGGCUUUCCCUUCGAAUCCGAAAAAUGGAUUUUUGCCGUCCUCGUCGUUCUCAUCAUUGAGUUGGCAGGGCUUCUGCUGUACCUGGUCGGGCGGGCAUUGCGGCGCCGCUGCGUGCAUUCUGCCGACGCAUCAUGCUCAGCAAGAGAGCCUUCCUGCUCCUGUCCGUCGGGGACGUCUUCCGUCCUGAUCGGCGAGGUGGCUUCUCUGCCGCAGAAGGCGAAGGAUUUUUCAACUCCUCUGCAGGGCGCCAGUCACGUCCACUCCGAAUGUUCGACCUUUGAAGCCUUGCCCAACGAUUUCCGGCUGUCAUCUUCGCAUUCCGGCGGAUUCUGCGGCUCGUCUCUGGUGGACUCCCAGAGCGCAGGGCUGCCAGAACAGGAGCACGCGCUCGUGUGUGGCGAAGACAGCGUGUGGCAGCUCAAGGCCAAGGACGGACAAAUGGGGACGUUUGACUCCGACGCUUCGAUAUCGUCUCUUUCCCGCGUCUUCCCCACCCCCCUCAUGACGCGCGCAUCACGGACGCUAAGAGUCGACGACGAGGAUAAGGCAAGGGAAGACCGAAGCGGACUGCCGCCAGCCGCUCUUCUGGCUGCCCUCGAAGGUGUUUCCGAGUCGGCGUCGAAAAGGAACUUCGACAAGCGUGAGCGGAACGCCGUCGAUCGCUCGGGAGACAGCCUUUCCUCCCUUGUCUUGGGAGGAAGAGGAAGGAGGGCUGCUGAUGCCGAGGCUCUUGCCCAUGUCCACUCUCCUUUCUCCGCGCCCUCGCUUGACGCAUUCACCUACGCGUGGAAGGGUGCCAGCACGCUGCAUGGCGAAGACAUCACCGACAUGAAGGAGCGGCGAAUGUACUCCCGGAAAUCCAUGCUUCAAUGUCGCGUUGCUCUGCAGGAGAAGACAGCGCGGCUCAUGAGGCAAGGGGGUCUGCAAGACGGCGAGAAACCUCCCGCGUACGGAGACGCGGCUGGCGCCUCCAACUCUUGUCAGCAGGAACAGUUGCUGUUGCCUCUGUCCUCUCUCGAGUUGCUGCGGAGUCUUCGGUGUGAGGCGGUAGAGGCUGCGUCCUCAGGGCGUCCUCGCUCGUCCUUGCACAGCUCUCGCUCCUCGCGAUUCUCCUCCGGAGGGGCCUCGACGAAUGCAGGUUCUGCUAUCGCAGCUUUCUCCUCGCAGGACUCUCUCGACUCGCUUUCUGCAGCCGACGUUGUCAGCGUGGACGACGUACUCCACAAGCGAGACGGAUGCGCGGAGGAACGGCUGUCGCGCAGCCUGGCAGCGCUGGCAAAAAGUCCAGUGAACCGCCGGGCGGUCACCCGCGAGGAAAGUGCGCGAGGCGAAGAGGUAGAAAACAUCGCCGAGGAGAGACGAGGCAGCGAGAAGCUGGACCGGGGAGGAGUGUGGCGCCGAUCUUCGACCGCGGAAGGCGUCGCCGCAAAGGCGAUAGAGAAAAGCAAGUCGAGCAGAGUCGCCCUCCCGCCUCGAGGAAAGGGCGAGUUCGAGCACGUCCUCGAAAGAGCCAUGAAGCUGAAACAACUCGAUAUCGCCAUCACCGUUCACGACAGCCUGCGGGCAGAAAACGUCAAAAUCGACCGCAAGAGCUACAUGCUCCUUGUCCAAAUUGCAAUGAGCCGGAAAGAUGUAGCGCUGCAGUCUCAGUGGUUGCUGGAGAUGAUCGACGAAGGCCAUGCCAUCGACGCAUGCUGGCUGGACCGUCUCUUGGCGGCGGCGUCCGUCUGCGACCCGACAACGACGGCAAGUCUGUACCGGGAUCUGGAGUCUCGCAGUACGUUGCUGUCUCCGGAAUGUCUUGCGGUUCUCCAAAGUGCGAAAACAUACAUUUCUGUCGGCACCAAUUUGAUGCGCCGAGCAGCAGGAUCUGGGAGUGCAGGGAGCAGACGUCUGGGGAGACAGGAAGAGUUGAAGAGGGGAUGCAAGAGCUACAAAGGAGGAGAAGAAGACGUGACCAGCGACGCGUCGCCCUCGCGUGCGUCUUGCGAAGGGAAGGCCCAGAAGAACGGGGAGACGGGAGUUGCUGGCCGGGCGUCUGAGAGUUCGUCGCCUUCGAGUGCGCCGACGUUGAACCCAAACGCUCCGGAGUUUGUGCCGCUGACUUUGCGUUCUUUGCCCCGCCGGUUGCCGGAGACAGUUUCGGGGCUGCGCUACGCGUUUUCUCCUUCGUUCUCUCCUCCCUCGAUGUCUCCGUCGCAAGUUAACAGCGCGGCUGCUGCCUGCCCCGUGACGGCCGCGACGGUGGACCUCAGUGCGUUCGGCACUACUUCCUCGACUCUCUCGCCGGGGCUCUCCAAGGCGAACCUGGCGCAGUUGUCGACUCUGCGCCUGCUCCAGACUCAAGGGCCGCCGCCGGGUGUCCCUACACCCGACGCAGUCGCAGCGUCUCUCCUGGCGAUGCUCUCCACGUCGCUGUCGCCUGCGCCGGGGGUGCCGGAGCAGUCUGCGGAGUCUGCGCGACGAGACUGGGUUGCCAGCAGGGGCGAAGAGGCCCUCCAGACGAGCGCAGAGAAGCAGCCAGAAGACUCGAAAAAGAGCACACUUCGACUCCAGAUGCAGGAAAUGUACACGCGAGCGAAGGAGGGGAGGGGAAAGGUCAUGCAUGCAGGAUCUGGCGUGAACAAGGACAAGAGGGAGAAAGAACGGACGGGUGACAAGAGCGACGGGCGGCGCAAGGAGGAGACAAAAGUGACGUCGUGUCUGGACCAGUUCCAAGCGUUUAACGACAAGAGGAUGUCCGAUUCCCUGAACUCUGUCCAGAAAGAAGGGAAGCGAGGUGCCAGCGCGAGUUCUUCGGAGAACGUUGACGAGAAAGAAGGCGAAAAUGAAGAGAAGUCUGUGAAACUCUCGCUCCCGGACAGCGACCGCACGAGCGUCUACCACGGCGAUGACGAGCGUGGAGCAAGUGACAGUGGGCAGAGUGAGCUGGAGAAGCCGGUGAAAAAGGCUUCAGAAGAGUGAAAGGACGCUGAAGAGAGGACGCGCGACGAACUCAGAGGAGCAGGGAAAAGCAGAGGGGAAACCUGGUCGGAGAUUUCAGGAGGAGCCGCUCAGAAUUGUCAAGAAGAGAGCGUGAGGAAACGUCUGUCUGUUCCGAGCUCGCCCUCGAAGUGAAAGGGGUGGACUAAAGGGGAGGAGAGGCGAUCCAGGUAUGCGCUUGAAGGGACGGCGACGCAACAGGUUUUCGAAAAACAAGGAUCUGUGUAAAGGACCAGAUUUUUUCGGGAAGUGCUCGUUUUCUGUGUUCGAAGGUGAAUGCUUUUUCUGUGUACAUACAUCUGUAGAGCACGGCGAUCUAGGAAAAGACUUAGAUCUGCCGAGGACGGUGUGUGUGCAGACUCCUUUUGUUUCUCCGAGUCUAUGUACAGCUGAAAUCGCACACCCGAAGGGAAGGUUUUCGCGAUUCGUUUUCGACGCGUGGGAAAGGUCUAAGGGUGCCGAUUCCUGUCAAAGUGUGGAUUAGCGGAUUUGAAAAGAGCGUCGGAGCGGUCCUGGAGGAACGACUGUGACUCGCGACACACAGUUAAGAGCGGAGAAAAGAUGGGGGAAGAAAGGGCAGAAGCGGAACCGUCGGCUUCUCGGAAUGCCCCCGUUUCGUUUAGUUGCAUGCUCGCGAGUUCGUGUUUUCCCGCGCGUCCGGCAGAAAUCCACUAUCGGCCACGGAGAAGCGACGAAGCGCCGCCACCACAAAGGGGGAAAAGCGGCGGUGGGUGCUUUCACGAGAGGCGAGGGGCAGCUGCAGUUUCGACUUGUUUUUCUCGCCAGCACGAGUUUUUUUCCGGUAGUCAAUCAAUUCGGGUCGUCAAGACUUGCGCGUGGAACGGGUCUCGUGUUGCUGCCUCGAGCGUCGCGCAAACAGACGAGCGUGACUUUGUGUCUUCUACACACAGUGGGGUGAGAGCUCUACGGGGGUGUGAGGUGACUGACAAAAGCCCAGUUGAUCACGGGGAAAGUACUCUUUUCUUCCGGCGCAGAUUGUCUUCAACGAGCGGUACACGUCCUCAGAGGCGCAUGCGUCGUUGUAACCGUCUCGAGGCCCCCGUGGAGAACAACAAAUCCAGUUGUUUGUGUGACGCCUGUGUCGUGUGUGGGAAAUGCCAGUGAGAUUUCUGUUCGACAGAAAGAGAAACGUUUGUUCUCCUUCCUCGCUUCGGAGGCAAGCUGUGUGCGCGUCUGUGCUGCCGGGGGACCGGAGGCUUGACACCUUGCGUGCUGUCGGGGGGAACGUUUUGCGUGUUUGUGUGGACGACGCUCGUGUCUUUUUCGAAUCUCACCGUCUCUCCGCCAGACUGUCGCGUGGGAGACCCGAAUGGGGUUGUCCGCAUUCUCCUUCGGUCCACCCUUUGAUUAAAAUUUCUUUUACGCAAGAAAGAA